AUGUCAAGCCUUCAAGCACAUCUUGCCAAGAUCAUAGCAAGGAAUCACAGCCUUGCAAAAGAUAUUGACAAGUUCGCCCAAACACAGCAGCGUGCGGAGCGGACCAAAGAGCGCGAGAAUGAGAAGAGUAAUGCUGAAACCGCAGCUUUCCUCGACACAAUCUACACCACGAUAUGUUCGAUGAGAGAAAGACGUGGCCAUCCGCGAACCACGAACCAGGCCCUCCUGGCAGCCUGGACAAGCUUCUUCGAUCCUAUUCGCAGCCUCACAGGCAUCCCCGACAAUGGGAACUUCCUCGCGGCGAGGAUGACCCUCUAUCUGACCGCCGCUUUCCUUCGCGAGGGCGCGCUUCAGCGCAAAUUUCCGGAAACUGCAUCGAGUGUACCUCAAGUGGCGAAACUCCACUCCUUUCUGGUGGCUAUUGAUGAACAGCUACUCAGUUAUUUGCGGAACAUUUGGAAGUCCAAUGGCCCCCGCGAAGAGUUCUUGUGGGUGUUCUCCCCAUAUCCAGUAAACGAUGCAAGUCAAGGCAUGGUCACAACGGAUGCACACCGCAGCCAGGUUCUAGCAACCGAUCCAGCUGUUCUAGCCGCCUGCGGGGGAAUCAGUGGACGGAGAAUCUGGAUGCCAGAACCUGGAAGUACUCCAUUAUCGGACAAGGACCCAAGCGCUACUCUCUGGUCAUACAAGGAGAAUUCAGAAGGUCAACGUGAGAUGCUGUGGCAACAGUACGGCGACGACGGACCAAUCCGUGAAGAUUUCUUCUACAGCAUCGUUAACGUCGACACUGGUAACGAGGAGUUGCGCACGCGACAAGUUCUGCGGCGCUCAAAGCAGUUUGUGCUCGAUGCUCGCCAGGUUGCACAGCCUUACCUUGCCCGAGAUCGAUAUCAACUGGCGAGCCAUAUUCUGGACGCAAGCCCGCUCGCCAUGGAGACGGAAGUUCAAAUCCUGAGCUAUUUCGACGAGCCUGCCUUCGAUCCUUAUCUGUCCCACCUGGAUCUUGCGGAAGUGUACAGCCCCUUUCCCGCCAUCGACAAGACAUGUGUCGAAUGUACAGAGGGCCAGCCUGGUCAUCUGGAACCUUGCAUUGCGAGCCUUUCACACUUUUCAUCGAAUAUCGAAGACCCGUGA